ACCUUCCACACGUCUCGAACCCUCCCAGUGUUCCUCAACUUGAUAACAUUGAUAUCCCGUCUACUCAAAUUGUCUCGUUCCUCCUCUCCUCCAGUCACAAUGAAAACCUACGUCUUUCUCUCCGCCCUGACAUCCCUCCUCGGCUGGGCUUCUGCCCUGCCCCAAGAGGACAACCCGACACCUUCCGUGCCAGAGCCUUUCACAGAGCUGUCCACCUCCUACACGACAGUCACAACUGCCGAGGAGACCUCCGGACCAGCCGGGCCCACCAACGCCCCCUCUUGUGUCUGCGGCGCCACGUACUGCGGCAAGGUCCUCGAAGAGUACCUGAACUACACCCCGGACCAGCUUGUCGAGGGUUACUGCGCCACCCCGGGCAUAAACUGCGCCGACGACGACGGAGCCGACGACGGGGACGACAACGGGGACGACGGAGACGACGCCAGCGACAGCCAUGACGCAGCAACCCCGGAGGCCGAACAGAUCGCCGAGUCCCUGUUCGUCUGCAUCUGCGACCCCGCCGAGCCGGAAGUAUCCCGCGUCGAGCUCCUCUGCGCUUGCCAGGGCAGCUGCAGGAACGAAGCCCCCGACUACAUCAGCCGCUGCGAGACGCCCUGCAACCUCAACUGUUCCCCCGAUGGAGAGGAACAGGCUGCUUCCGACGAGGAGCAGGAGGAGGAGGAGCCGCCUUCGAGUGGCGCUUCCCGGCUUCGGAUUUGGUGAGGGUUGCCCUCUUGCAGAGGAGGAAGGGUCACGGUGUUCACCGGUCUCCGUGUUUCUCACACAAGUCUUGUCUCGCGGUGGUGAUGGUAGCUGGUAAAGGGGUUGUUCUCCUUUUGGUUUCCAGGCAGUUUCGAUAGUCUCACUCACAUGAAGAAAAGUCCCACCAAAUGAACCUCAGUGCGAAAGUAGGAAGUGUGUCCUCUCCCUCUUGCGUUAUAUGUUGAGAAAAUGGUAGCACUAUAAAGAGCCAUCUAUUGAACUCCGGGUUCCUGCCAUAGGCUUUUUAACCGUCAUAUCUUGCCCUCAAGAACGCUCGCUUCAACAAGAUGUAGAUGAGUAUAA